UUUUGCUGUAUAUAGCACAUAUGUUGCCAAUUUUCACCGGGUAUAGGCUAAUAUCGACUUGUAUGCUUAAAGGAGUAAAAGCCCAACAAUCGUUGCGUGGAAAGUAAAAACGCCAUGAACAAGAAGGACGUAACAGUAGCAGAAGCAACAAUAGUAGAAGGAGAAGAAGAAGAAGUAGAGGAGGUGAGAGUAAAAUUAGGGUGUUAUGGUGAAACUGUGAAGUUGGUAGAAGACCCAUCAGAGGAGAUUAUGCUUUUAUGGGGUCUUCAACAACCUAUAUUUUCCAAGCCUAACGCUUUUGUUCACCAGUCUUCUCUCACUCUUCAUCUCGACGCUUUUGGCCAUUCUAUCUCCAUUCUCCAGUCUCCUUCUUCUCUGAUGACUCCUGGAGUGACCGGAUCAGUGAUGUGGGACAGUGGUAUUGUUUUAGGGAAAUUUUUGGAACAUGCUGUGGAUGCAGAGCGUCUUCUUCUCCAGGGGAGAAAAGUUGUUGAGUUGGGCUCUGGCUGUGGAUUAGUUGGCUGCAUCGCAGCUCUUUCUGGUGCUCAGGUUACUUUAACAGAUCUACCUGAUAGGCUGAGGCUUCUGAAAAAGAAUGUUGAUGCCAAUCUAGAAUCUAGUGAUAUUCUGGGUUCAGGAACAGUCAGUGAGCUCAUCUGGGGAGAAGAUCCUGAUCCAGAUAUACUUGAUCCAUUGCCAGAUUUCGGUUCAGAUGUCAUCUACAGUGAAGAAGCUGUUGCAGAUUUGGUAUUUACACUAGAACAGCUUUGUGGGGAACAUACAACUGUUAUUCUAUCCGGGGAACUUCGUAAUGAUGCUGUUCUUGAAUAUUUCCUGGAGGCUGCCAUGAAAGAAUUUACAAUUGGUCAAGUGGAUCAAACAGAGUUGCAUCCAGAAUAUCGCAGUUUUCGAGUUGUGAUCUACAUUUUGGUGAAGAAAGAUAUCCAAGAAUGAACUAAUGGCAAUUGAUAUAUUGUGCUGGUAUCCCAGUUGCAUACCAGGUCUUGAAGAGUCUACUAUUGUAAUGUAACAUUGUCCAGGAUAAUAUCCUCCCAGAUUUCAUACAUUCACUCUUUUAGUUCA